AUGGUUUCGCUAGCUUCUCCGAAGACACCACCGGUCUUCACCGGUGAAGGUUUUCAUAUCUGGGUGGUCAAGAUGAGGACAUACCUCCAAGCAUUUGACUUGUGGGAAGUUGUUAACACAGACAUUGAGCCAGCUCCACUGAGGGCCAACACCACUGUGGCUCAGAUUCGUCAGCAUGCAGAUGAGAGGACUAAGAGGCACAAGGCUAUGUCCUGUAUUCAAAAUUGUGUUUCUGAUGACAAGCUUAAGGAGGAGUUCCAAGGCACUGAGAGAACAAGGCAGCAGCAGCUUCUCAACUUGAGAAGGGAUUUCGAGAAUCUGAAAAUGAAAGAGGAUGAAACUGUUAAGCAAUAUUCUGAUAGGAUAAUGGCUGUUGUAAACAGCAUAAGGCUCCUUGGUGAGCAAUUUGAUGAAGUAAGAAUUGUUGAGAAGGUUCUCUCUACCCUACCAGAGAGAUAUGAAGCAAAGAUAUCCUCCUUAGAGGACUCGAGAGAUUUGACAAAGAUCUCCCUGACUGAGCUUAUCAAUGCUCUUUAUGCUCAGGAGCAAAGAAGAGCCAGCAGGAUCGAGGAGCACCAGGAGGGUGCAUUUCAGGCCAAAGUCAAGCCUAGCUCAAGUAAUGCUGCCUACAAAGGCAAGAAAAAUUGGAGGGAUAAAUCCAAAACUGAUGCCUCAAGAAAAUGGGAUAAACCUUGCAGGCACUGCAAAAGGCCCGGUCAUCCAGAGGCGGAUCUUUGGUUCGCACCGGAUGCUACAUGCCAAAAUUGCAAGAAGAAAGGCCAUGUUGAGAAGUUUCAUGCUUAG